AUUAGUAUGGAAUAUUUGUAUAUGAUAAAGUAUUAGCACAACCCGGUUAUCCCUGACCAACAAGUACCGUUCCUGUUCGUUCCUCGGAGAGACCCGCCAGACGCAAUAUACCCGUGCUUAACUCGUACCGUACGUGUCUCUUCCUAGGACAGACCCCACUGGACGCGUCCUGUGACUCCCGUACCAGAUCAGUCUCCCGCCCGCUACCUACCGCUAGUCACAGGUCUACAGCUGCGCGUUUGGUUUCACUCAUUAACAAUGAGUUGCAGUGAUAAUAGUGACAGAGAAUCCCAUUCCCAGCACUAGUGGAUGUAAUACACCCCCCUAAAAAGAAAAGAAAACCAUGGUAUCACCAAGGAUUUAAUGCGGAAUGGCUGAAUGACCCAGAAUUCAAAGAGUGGCUUAAACCAGAUGCAAAUGACAAAUAUGUUGCUUUAUGCAGUGUAUGCGAUUGUAAAUUUCGUAACACAAAUAGAAGUGGGCUAUUAAACCAUAAGUCAUCGUCUAAGCACACAAAAAAACCUGGCAGCAAAAAAAAAAUAGCAUAAAAAUGCAACAAUUUUUUUCAAAGAAAAAAACUGCAGAAGAUCCUCAAGACGAAGUAGCUACUGCAGAGUUGUUACUUUCUGCAUUCAUGGCUGAACACGGAAUGCCCUUUCAUCAGGCUGAACAUCUGAGUGAGUUGGUAAAGAAAAUGUUCCCAAAGUGUGAGGUUGCCCAGAAAAUGUCUAUGAAAAAGAUAAAAGCAUCGACAAGAAGUUCCCUGCUUUGAAUGGAAACCAAAAGAUCCCAUAAGUGACAUGAAAAAUGGCAAAAUUCGUCAGCGAUAUGGGACCAAGUGUAGCAGCAGCCAACAGGCAACGCUGUAUCCUGCUGAUGACACGGAGGUUGCCAGUGGUAGCGAGGAAGGAACACAAGUUUAUGUACAAUAAUAUUCUGCUGUAUGAGAGGUGAGUUAAAGAAGCUACAUUUGUGUUCUCAUGUUCAUGUAAGAAAAAUUAGUUUCAUGUACCGUGGAUAUUUUAAGUCGAUCUUGGAGAUUUUGAAUGAGAUGUCUUGGAUAUUUCUGUUUUGUCCAGUGGCAACACUGGUAGCAAGGUUGGUAAGUUACAACCUACUGAGAUGAUGUAGGUUAACUCCACCUCGCCUGAAAAACUCUUAUAUAAAUAUUUAUGUGCACAAAAUAACUUUUUUUUAAUUGUUUACAAGCUUUACUAGCAAGGAAGCAUGGUUUUGUGAUGCAUAAAGUGAAAUCUUGCAUGGAAACACUGAAAACAAAUGAAGAGGUUGAUUUGUCCCACACGUGCGCACUCCCCAUUCCCCCGCCCACCAACAAACCUACUAAACCUCUUGUUUGAGGAGAUGCAGCCUCAGCUGGAGAGAAGGACAAGGCAUAGCCAGGCAUUACCAACUCACACCCAGGUUCUGCUGGCCCAGAGACUGUUUGCCAGUGGGCCCUUCCAAAACGUCAUUGGAGACACUGCUGGACCUAUGCAAGCAAGUGUCAGCAGGGGUCUUCAAGUGUGUGUGUGCACCGUGUUGAGUGAUAAGUCAGUGCAGGAAAUCAAGAUGCCUCCAACACACCUUGAUCAAAGGAGAACUGCACACCAGUUCUUCAGGAUUAAAAAUUUCCUAACGGUUAUUGGGGCCAUUGAUGGCAGCCACAUUGCCAUGAAGGAGCAAAGUGUGGAUGAGGCCCUCUACUUGAACUGGAAAAGGUAUCACUCCCUCUGAACAUCCAACGUGUUUGUGAUGCAAGUGGAGUGAUCCUCAGCUACUGCUCCAGAUUGCCAGGUAUAUAGCAUUAUUGCAUCACAUGUUUACCCAACCAUGUAUUUUAUUGAUUUUCAUGUGACUGCACAUGGUUACUGGUAUUGCAUAAGAAAACAUAGUGUGAUAAGCCUUGACAUUAGUUAUAAAUGAACACUUGAUAUACUCCUUUAUAAGUAAUGA